UUUUUUUUAAAUAUCUGGCAUUUCUGGUCACUCGUGAGUUUGUAAACAGUCAUGUUGAGUAAAAAGUUGUUACGAGAUUUUAUUCAAUAUCAUGCAUAUGAUUCAAAAAUCGUUAUUGAGAAAAUCAAUAAACGUUAUAUCAAUUUGUCGAACCGGUGCUACACGCAGUUUGUACAGCAAUGUUCCGGAUACGAGCACGACUGUGCGGGUUCGUUUCGCUCCCAGUCCGACGGGGUUCAUGCAUUUGGGAGGAUUAAGAACAGCCCUGUUUAACUAUUUGUUCGCCAAGUCACAUGGAGGAAAAUUCAUUCUUCGGAUAGAGGAUACGGACCAGGAACGCUUAGUAGAGGGUGCAACCGAGCAAAUUUAUCAAGACUUAAAAUGGGCAGGAAUAGUACCGGAUGAGAGUCCCUGGAAUGAAGGACCGUACGGUCCCUAUGUUCAGAGUUUACGAUAUGAUAUCUACAAGCAGGAAGUGAAAAAACUAAUGGAAGACGGCAGAGCUUACUACUGCUUUUGCUCGGAACGAAGGCUCGAUUUGCUAAGGAAAGAUGCUGUCCGACUUCGACAAGUGCCGAAAUAUGACAAUAAAUGUAGACAUUUGACGCCGGGUCAAAUCGCUGAACGGCUGGCUAAAAAUGACAAAUUCUGUAUACGCUUCAAGUUAGACUCAAAGGCAGACGAAUUUCAAGAUUUAAUUUAUGGAAAGAUCGUUUACUUCGUGGCCCAGAAUGAAGGAGAUCCGGUAAUUAUUAAGUCGGAUGGUUUCCCUACCUAUCAUUUUGCUAAUGUAGUUGAUGACCAUCACAUGAAGAUAUCGCACGUUUUACGAGGUGUCGAAUGGCAAAUUUCAACUCCCAAGCAUAUCCAAAUGUUUCAAGCGUUUGGAUGGAGGCCGCCGCAGUAUGCACAUUUACCGCUUGUAAUGAAUUCGAAUGGAUCCAAGCUAAGUAAACGUCAAGGAGAUGUGCAACUGGAGCACUACAGAAGUAUCGGCAUAUUCCCUCAAGCGCUGUUAAAUUUUAUCACUCAGAGUGGCGGUGGUUUUGAUAGAGAAUUGAUAGACAUUACAGGACCCCAGCUGAAAGACCUGGUUGACAAUUUCGAUAUAAAGAAAAUCAAUGCACACUCUAGUCGACUGAAUCCAGAUUUACUGUGGCAGUGCAACCGAGAGGAAAUAGCCCAUCAGUUGAAGCACUCCCCAGAGAAGGCGGAUGGCUUGGUGAAGGAAGUCAUUAGGAUGGUACGAGAGGAGUACAAAGAUCACCUCAAAAGCUUAGAUUUAGAUGAAAAGCAUGUGCGGGAAGUUUUAGAAUGGUCUAUCACGAGGAUUGGUUCUUUGCAGGAUCUAGUCAAAGGGAAGCUUUCCUUCCUGUGGGUACUACCUCAGCGAUCAAAAGACGCAAUAAUAGAUGCCGAUAUUUUAAAAGUGCUGGCCAAAAAUUUUGCCACCGAAACGGAUGUUCCGUUUACCAAAGCCUACAUCAGUGACUUUUUGAAAGCAUUUGCCAAACGUAACCAGAUUGCGUUCGAUCAGUUUAUGAAAUCCCUGCGUGGAAGUCUCAGCGGGCUGCGAGAGGGACCCGGUGUUGCCGAGAUGAUGGAAAUUCUGGGACGCGAAAAAACUGUAGAGCGAAUUCUGCUGGCCGCGAAAAGAAAAUAAGACUUGCUAGGGUCGGAAAUGGCCUUUAUUAUCAGAUUGAACGUGGUUGGAUUAAUAUUGCAUUUUAUCGGUUAGGAUACAUGGAAACUACAUACUUGUAAAGUUAAUAGGAGAUAAAUGUAAUCUACUGUUACUAGCACAGAUUUUCAUA